UCGUGAGGGAAUGAACUGCUGAGUGGGGCCCUUCGUCCUAUCGUUUUUUAUAACAGGAAGUUUGAAGCCAAAGGCGGUUAAUCAAAAUGCCAGAGGAGAUGGCGGACGGUGGGAGGAGGCUCGUGACACUCGACGACCUCAUCGAUGCCUUGGACAAGCGCGAGAGGGCACCGAGCAAUGUCCCAAAGGUUGAGACAUUCCAUUUCAAGGGGGAUCGGGUAUCUGACUGGUUGGAUCUGACAGAGCAGGCACCGGUAGGACUAUCAGCUGAGGUCAAGCUCCAACGGGUCCUAAGGUAUGUCCUGCAUAGUCACCGUAGGGAAGUAAGUAAGGUCGUGGACGCCGCCAAUGGCAGUUGGACAAAGUUUGGGGACCUGGUGCAGAGGAAGUACAGGCUGGGGGAUGGCCUGUUGACCAUGGCCGACUUGGAGGCCAUGAGUAAGGAAGACUUCUCUACCAUUGGGGCGUUCGUGCAUGAAUUUAAGAAAAAAGCGAGGAAAGUCCACGGGAUUUCGGAGGAGGCGCAGUGCGCCACAUUUAUGGGAUUGCUUACAGACUCAGAGGCCGCGGAAUUGACAAAGCAUGGGGAAGGGAGUGAGAAGCUCACCUGGGCGACUAUAGACAAAAGAGUGGAAGAAGGGAGCUUGGACCAGGUGGAGCAGCACCAGAUGCGGUUGCAGAGGCGUAAGAGGAAGGAAAGGGAUGCUACCGCAUCCGGGACCCCAGGGGUGAAAAGGAUCGUCACGGAUGUAUUGGCGGCGCUGGGAUAUGACAAUGAGGCGGAAAUACAGAAAAGAGGGGUGACUGUGGCGCAAGGCCGGGCGUACCAGGAAAGGUUGAGGAUGAUGUGCGAAAAGGCCCGGGAAUGGGAGGCGAAUCUCCCUGAAGUAAUGCUCUAUGGGUCCGGCCCGGAGUGGUCAUCAGGACCGCAAGGAUAUCUAGGUGUGGCGACGGCCGGGGCAGGCCCUAGGUCGGGAAUGACCUUUAGACCCCCUACGUCGCAUGGGAGGGUAGCGCAGGCUGCGCAGACUAGGAGCCAGAGCAAGGCUACUACGAGCCAGGGACCUAGUAAGGCACCUAGCCAAGCACCUCCUCGGAAGGAGCCUGAGCCUGAACGAAGGAAGGAAGUGGUGGAAGUUCAGGAAGAGGAGGAUGAGGGUGACUACGAAGAGGAUGAGAGGCUCCGCCAGGAAGAGGACCGGCGAGCCGAGCAGAGGGCCAAGAAGAGAGGAAUUCAGGGAGAGGCGGAGCCGAGCCUGCGCGAUGGCGCGCCAAAAAGGAAGAAGUACGAGGUCCGGCUGGAGGAGGGUUUUGACGUGGAGCGAAUGGUGGACAAGCUCAUGGAGGGUCAUAAUGAUCUGAUGAAUCUGAAAGACAUCUUGGCGUCGCCGCCAAGGCUCCGUGGUGAGCUAAAAGGGCGGCUCUCACGAAGGGACCAGCCGAGUAUUGCAAUGGUGGACACGGGCGCUGAGAUGAAGAUUAUCCGGGAGCGAGAUGCGACCAUGCUAGGGCUGGAGGUUGACCACUCAGAUCAUGGUGUGCUGCGUGGCGCUAACUGCAAAGCAUUUUUCUGCGGCACCGCGUCUAAUGUGAUGGUGGAAAUUGGGAGGGUAAGAGCACGAACGUCCUUCUUCGUCAUGCCCGAUGUCGAUCACCCUAUCCUUUUGGGGAGGUCGUUCCUCUGCCGAACGGAGAACUUGGUCUUCAACAGGCACGAGGGGACAAUGAUCCUGGCCCUAUCUGAUCCGGCCUGCGGGAACUACGAGAUCAUCAAGUGUCGAAACACGGGACCCGGAAGUGGGAGGAACAGGCUCAACCUCGGCUCCUUUACCUUUGAGGAGUCUGAGUACGCGCGACGAAGGCUCCGGGAGGAACAAGAGGAGGAAGGGGCGGCCGAGGUAUUGUCUCUGAGCCUUAACGAUGUAAAUAAGGCGAUGGAGGUGGUGGCGGCGCAUGAUAUGGCGGACCCUGAGGCUAUAAAGGCAUUGAGAGAGCAGGUCCUGGAGAGCCCUCAGGUGGGAGAAGUGGAACUGAUCUAUUGGCUUCCAGGAAGGAAAGGGAACCCUGCGAUGGCCCAGGCCCGAACGACAAAUGAAGAGAAGAAGGUGGUGGACUACCUGGACAAGAAGAUGCGGACAUACGUGGCAAACUACUCCAGUGGAUCGUAUGCCUCCCCUUGGUUUUGUUUUAUCAAGCCGAACGGGACGUUACGGAGUUUUGUGAAGGACUUCGCCACCAAGACGGAGCAUUUGAGGAAGCUGGUGCGUCAAGAUCAGGAGUGGGUCUGGGGCGAAGACCAGGAGAAGGCUGUGGAAAGGAUGAAGGGGGAGUUCAAGGAAGGAGGCUUGGUGCUGGGAGCGCCAAAUUAUGAGGCCACGGAGGAAAGGUUAUUCGUUGUCGAGACGGACGUGGGGCCAACUGCCUUAGGAAGGGGUCCUGAUUCAGGCAGAUGUGGAUGGGAAGGAGAGGCCGCUAAGCUCAGGAGGGCGUUCGAACGGCCGGGCCGUGAGAGACACGAGCCCAGGGUCGAGAGGCGAAGGCGAAGCAAGAGGCCAAGGGAACCGGCGCCGAGGGAGGCGGAGCUGGCCAAAGAGAGGAGGAGGGCCCCAGCGCAGCGAGAGGAUGAGCCCGCGGGUGCCGCACUGGAAGAGGAUUCGUUCCCUGCUUGUGGUCUCCGGGCAGUUGAGUUUUGGCGGAUUACGAGCGAGGAGUUGCGGUCGCCUUCGCCAUCGCCUCCGAGGCGGGAGCUGGACAUACCAGGAGAGACGUUGUUCCGGAGCCUGGCGACUCACCUCGACGUAUCUCGAUGGGAGGCCUCACGGUUGGGAGAGGGCUCAGCUGGGCCAGUACGAUAUGUGUCGUUGGAGGAGCCUUUGGAUUCCGAGGCAGAGGUGGACGUACGGGACCGACGGGAGCCACAUGAUCCUAGGAUGAUAGUUGAGCCACGGGGGCAGGCUGAAAUGGAGGCGGCGGGGAUAGAGCCGACGCCGCCGGUCGAUCCCAAGACGAGUGAGCAGCGGAUCGACAAGUUGUGGGGGAGGUACGAGAGCCAGAGGGACGCAGCCCGCCAGAGGUCACGAGAGACAGGACAGGCGGACGAGGAGGCAGGUGAGCUGAGGGAGACGGGGGACUUAGGGUUCUCCGUGACUAGGAAGGCGAUUGAGCGUGUGGAUAGGAGCAUAUACGAGACGGCAGUUACAUCCUUCCAGUGGUAUAGUCUACUCAGCAAUGAGCUCAGGGUCAGAGAGUUGGAGGUGGAGCACCUGACUACUCAGCUUGCCGAGGAGAGGGCGGGGAGCCAUACGGGAGAAGCUGAGUGGGAGAAGAGAUUUGGGGAGAUGGCAGUCAUCGGCCGAGGGAUGCGGGCUUCGCCAAGUCAGGGAGCAGCGGUGGAGGCCCCUCAACAGGUCGGGCCAAUGGGGGAGGUGCCCUUGGACACGACCGAGGAGGAGGGUGGCGCACAGGAGUCGCUUAUGGCUAUGUCCACGGAGAGGAGAGGCUCGCGUUUGCAUGAGCUGGUGGCAGCCAUGGGGAUAGGUACUCCACAGGAGAGGCCUCAGAGACUCGACAAUCCAGAGUAUGCCCCGAGGUUGGGAGAGCUGAGGGCGGAGCUGGGCUCCUGGGCCACAGAGACGGGCUCAGGAGGACCUGACUCAGGGCGGCAGCAGCAGCAGGAGGUCAUGAGUGAGCCCACCGCCAUGGUGGGCUCUCAGCCGUCAGGAUCAGGUGGGGAUGAGAUGGUGGUUGUGACAGAGAGGCCUCAUGAGGAGGGACCCCGAGAGUUGGACACGCCAGACUUCAGGCCAGUGAGCACAGUCGUACGAGAGGGUGAGGGCGUUGAGGCUAUGGAGCCCGGACCUCAGGGCCAUAUGGGAUUGCCCUCGUGUCAUGAGGUGACCACUGAUUCUAUGGGGACGCCUUCAGCAUCAAGUUCCCAAGGGAGAAACAAGAAGACUGUCAGAUGGUUUGAUACCUCCUGCUUUUGGUGCAAGAAGGAAGGGCAUAGAGUCGUGGACUGCCCAGAACUCCUCGAGGAUAAGGUCGAGGGGCGAGUUGCGGAGUUUAACAGCAAGUUCUAUGACAAGCAGGGCAGGAUAGUGGAGCGAGCUCCUAAUGGGGGCAGGGCUCAGUUAUAUAGGCAGAACCAGGAGGAAUUAUGUGAGUAGGGACUAGUCUGUCUAUGUGUCAGUAGGGUCAGAGUAUUUGGCACACAGAGG